CAUUUCUUUCGCAGAGUGGUGUUGUGAGCUGGAACCCACCUGAUUGACACCUCUAUAGCACAACGAUUCCUUCGUCAUGCCUUUCUCCUCACCUUUUCCUAGCUUGGAUAUCCCCAAGGUCAAUUUGCUCGAAUAUUUGUUUCCUGCGAACCAGACUCCUUCGGAUACCCCAAUAUGGAUUGACGCCAAAGAUCCAGAGCACUAUCUGACUCCUCGAACUCUGUUGCAAUGGACGAAGCGACUUGCUCUUGGUUUAGACAGGUUAGGGAUCAGGCCGGGUGAGGUAGUUAUGAUUUACACUCCAAACCAUAUCUUUGUGCCUGUGGCAUAUCUGGGAAUAGUAGGGUCUAGAAGGAUCUUUUCUGGCGCAAAUCCAGCAUACACUGUUUCUGAAAUGGUACAUCAAAUCGCAAACACCCAAGCCCAAUUUAUCUUAGCACACCCGUCUCUCGCAGCAACAGCUGUUGAAGCAGCGCAAAAAGCAGGCCUCCCCGAUGGACGUAUUCAUCUCUUCUCAGAUGUUCCGAAUGCUUCUAUGAGAGGCUGCCGAGACUGGAGAGAUUUCCUACCUUCUCUGGCAGAAGGUGACGCGUACAAGUUUCCCUCCUUCUCUGAGAAGGAGUCAACACAGACAACAGCAACCGUAAAUUAUUCUUCCGGUACAACAGGAUUGCCUAAGGGCGUCGAAGUCAGCCAUCACAACCUCAUUGCGAAUCUAGACCAGACCAUAUACAUGCGAUAUCUGAGGAAACCAUGGAAUGCCGAUACUCGACCGCGGGAAAUAUGGAUUGGAUUUCUGCCUUUAUAUCACGCAUAUGGCCAGCUAUACACAAUUGCUAUGGCGCAGAGGCUCCAGGUUCCUGUCUAUAUUAUGAAGCAGUUUCAGUAUGAAGAAUUUCUCCGCGUAAUACAGGCAUACAGGGUCACUCAUCUCCAAGUCGCGCCACCUAUUAUGGUUAUGCUGAGUAAGCGGCCGGAAACUGCAAAGUAUGAUUUGAGCAGCGUAACGGAUAUCCUAUGUGGAGCCGCACCUCUUUCGAAAGAGCUGCAAAAUGAGGUCUCUAGAAAACUCGACUGCGAGAUUGUGCAAGGGUGGGGCAUGACAGAGGUAACAUGUGGGGCCAUCCAUGUGCCAGGUGGUACCACCGAUGACUCUGGGAGUGUCGGACAACUCGACCCUAACUGUGAGUGCAUGCUCCUGGACGACGAAGGAAACGAAGUCGCCCACGGCAAGCCCGGGGAGUUGCACGUAAGAGGUCCGAACGUGUGCCUCGGAUAUUGGAGGAAUCCCCAUGCAACCAAGGAAUCUCUAAGUCCCGAUGGUUGGUUGAAGACUGGUGAUAUCGCGGUAGUGAGAGAUGGGUGGUUUUGGAUUGUCGACCGCAAAAAGGAACUCAUCAAGGUGAAUGCUCUUCAAGUCGCCCCUGCAGAACUAGAAGCUGUUCUUCUAGAGCAUGACGCAGUGGCCGAUGCAGCGGCGGUGGGUAUUACUUUAGACGGUCAGGAAUGGCCGCGAGCGUAUGUCCACCUGAAGGACGAGCAUAAAGGCAAGAUCACGGACGAACACAUCCAUAUGCACAUGAAAGAGAAGGUUGCAAAACAUAAGCAGCUCGUCGGUGGUAUUGUAUUUGUAAACGAGAUUCCCAAACUUCAAAGUGGUAAGAUCAUGAGGAAGGUCGUGAAGGAGUGGGCGAAGAAGGAUGCCGAAACAAUGAAAGGACAGAAACCCAAAGCAAAAUUAUAA